UAAAGGGAGAUGCUCUUCUUAAUAUAUUAUCGAUUAAUAAUUCCGGACACCACGCGCCGCUGGAUAGAUAUUUCUAGUUCAGAGGACAUCAGAGAAACUGCAAAAACUGAAAAUUGAACUCGUUACCGAUAAACAAAUUUCCGCCAUGAGAGCUCUCCAAGCUUCCACCUCUUACAGCGUCGCCUUCGCCAUUUCAUCCGUCGCUCCGCUUCCGUCGCUGCCGCGUCCGCGCCAACGCCACGUUAUUUCAGCUAAUCAUGAACCGACAGAGAAAUCGGUGGAAAUAAUGAGGAAGUUUUCGGAGCAGUAUGCACGCAGGUCCGGCACGUAUUUCUGUGUCGAUAAAGGCGUCACGUCUGUUGUUAUCAAGGGAUUGGCAGAACACAAGGAUACAUUGGGUGCUCCCCUCUGCCCUUGUAGGCACUAUGACGAUAAAGCUGCUGAAGCACAGCAGGGCUUUUGGAACUGUCCCUGUGUUCCCAUGAGAGAAAGGAAGGAAUGCCACUGCAUGCUUUUUCUAACCCCUGAUAAUGAUUUUGCUGGCCAGGAGCAGAACAUUUCAUUGGAAGAGAUCAAAGAAACAACGGCAAAUUUAUGAUACUUCAGUCUUGUAUGAUCUUUUUUGAAUGGACAAUGCAUGUACAUCUGUAUCAUGAUCAAGAAAAUAUAUUUUUGUUGUCCCA